CCCAUCUUUUACAGGUGGAGACCUAACAGCAGCUCUUCCAUAGCAGUCUCUAAAUCACCACCUGACCAUGUCUAGGCAGUCUCUUUCCGUAUGCGUUGGAAUGAUUUAUAACUCCACACCGAUGCCAAGCUAACCACCCAGCGGGAUUCUUCAUUAGACAUGCCGUCCGCUUCAAGGGGCCGGUUUGUAUGUUAAGCGUCUGCUGUUUUUUACUGUUAACUCCGCAGGAAUCUCUUUCCAGGUAUGGCAAGACCUACCUGCUUCCAGACAAAGCGCGGAUGGGCAAGAGGAAGACAUCCGUGAGGAAGAGGACCGUGAGCCCCAUUUACAACGAGGUGUUGCGGUAUAAAAUAGAGAAAAUGGUUCUGCUGAUUCAGAAGCCAAGUCUUUCGGUGUGGCACAAUGACCCUUUGGGGAGGAACAGCUUCUUGGGUGAGAUGGAAGUAGACCUGGCCGGCUGGGACUGGAGGAACAAUAAGCUGAACUGGUAUAUGCUGAAACCCCGGUCUCUCUCUACAAUCAAUUGCGUUGACCAUCGAGGAGUGAUAAACCUGUCCAUUAAGUACAUCCCACCAGGAUCCCUAGGUCGAAAGACCCCUCCGUCUGGGGAGGUCCAUAUCUGGGUCAAGGACACCAAAGAUCUGCCCCAGUUACGUCCCUCCGGAGUGGACUCCUUUGUGAAAUGCUACGUUCUUCCGGACACCAGUAAAAAGAGCUACCAGAAAACCCGCAUUGUCAAGCGGGACUCCAACCCGGUGUUUAACCACACCAUCGUGUACGACGGCUUUCAUACAGAAGAUCUGAAGGAUGCCUGUGUCGAGCUGACCGUCUGGGAUCAUGAGAAACUGACCAAUCACUUUCUGGGAGGUAUCCGGCUGGGACUUGGGACAGGCUCCAGCUAUGGGAUUGCCGUUGACUGGAUGGACUCCACACAAGAGGAGGUCGCAUUUUGGCAGGAAAUGAUGACCACGGCGAAUGAAUGGAUUGAAGCGUCCCUGCCUUUGCGCUCUCUGGCUGGAAAAAGGAAGCUGAAAUGAACAGCUGGCAGCAGCCCACAGAGGAACGGAGAACCGUUUACACAGAGAAGAGGGCCAAUGCAAAGCUGGCUGACCUCAGGAUUGCCUGUGCAAUGGACUUCGAAAGGACAAGGUAUUAUUACUCAUCCCAAGAGAGGACUGAGCGGAUUUUACAUCCCAGCUAGCUGAAAGACCUGCUGCUCGUCACCUCUCCAUCAUCUAGACCUUAGAUUUUAUUCGACUUUGGGUUUGUACCCAGAGAGCAGGGAAGAAAUUGUAUAAAUAUGUUUAUAGUUUAUUUUAUUACAGUGUCCAUGUUGCUGUUUCGUUUGUGCCUCCCCAUAGAGGAAGUUAUGACAAAACUUUGGCUAGUACAGCCACCAAUACACACAGUAUCACAACAAAGUUGAAGCAAACCAUGAUGCAAAUGAAACAUGAAAAAUCUGUACUAGGAUAUGCCUGGGUUACCAGCUCUCCAGGAUUGACUGAGAGUUCUCCAGGAGCUGGCAUUCAUCUCCCAUCCACAUGUUAUGUUCAACACUUGUACAGGUGCACAAUGUAUACAGGUACAGAUCUGCACACAGGUACACUCAUUCACAUGUUAUGCUGAACACAGGUACAGAAGUACCUCUCUAUACCAGGCAUUUGAAGGGCCUGUAUCCAGGUUCACUUUUGAAACGAACACAGGUACAGUACAGUCAUUCACACAAACACAUGUACAGCAUAAUGUUUGAAUCGGGCUCAGAAUGCUGAAGAUUUUAAUGGUUUGAUAUAAUGAAAAAUAUUUCAUUAGUGAGUCUCCAGGAAGCACUUCAGUCUGCUAUCGGACCACAAUCCCAUUUCUGACCUUUUGUGUGCUGACCCCUGGAAACAAGUGUUGAAUACAGUCUAAUCCAACAAGGUACUUCCUACAUUCUUAAAGGGGAAAGGGCAUACCCCAAGAGAGAUCCCUGUGGGAUUUUAAAGACGAACAGAUUUAUUGGGGUCCCUGGUGAAAGAGCCUCUUGUCCACAAAAACAUUUGUUGCAAUAAAUCCACCAGUCUGUCUGACUGGUACAAGAUUGGAGAAGGUCCAAGGUUGAAAUCAUUUAAUGUUGGGGUACUGUAACAGACUUCACAUGGCUACCCCUCAAGAAUUUAAUAUGGGCAACUUACACCUUAACUGCUGCAAAAUCCUGAAUGCCUGUGUUCUUGCUUCGUAAGUUUAGACCACAGAGAAUCUAGUAAGGGGGCCGGGUGACAGGCCACAGAAGAAUUAAGCCUUCCUCUGCUGUAAGAGUUCUCAGCCGAUGCCAUUGUAAUCUCCAUAUGUGGUUGGACGGCAAUUGUCAUCACCAUGGUGGCUGGGGAUGAUGGGAGUUGUAGUCCCAACAGCUGGGGACCCAAGGCUGAUAAACCCUACCUGACUAUAUCCUAACUGGCUGCAGUGGUCUUCAGGUGGGGGCCUUUUCCACCCCCACCCACCUACUUGAAACUGUAUAUUCAGUCAUAGGAACAUAGGAAGCUGCCAUAUACUAAGUCCAACCAUUGGUCUCUCUAGCUCAGUAUUGUCUACCCAGACUGGCAGCGGCUUCUCCAAGGUUGCAGGCAGGAGUCUCUCUCAGCCCUACCUUGGAGAAGCCAGGGAGGGAACUUGGAACCUAGAUGCUCUUAGCAGUGAAGGGAAUAUCUCACAGUGCUCACAUGUGGUCUCCCAUUCAGACCCUGCUUAGCUAAGGGGACAUCAUGUUUGCUACCACAAGACCAGCUCUCCUCUCUAUAUGAUGUCUGCAAAGAAUGGAUCUUUGACAAGCCAGGCAUGUUCUCUCUCACUGAGUUGUGGUCUCUCCUCUGGCAUCCAAAGGCUUUAUUUAUUUGACAGAGCUGUGCUCUUUAGUGGACGCAUUAAACGUCGUUACUCAGAUUUUCCUUCCUUCCUUGCCGUUCCUGUUAAGGCAAACCUAUGCAAAUAACUCUCUUUGUAACGGGUAUGUUCAUAUAACCAAGAUGUCCCUUACCUUCAUCAGGGGCAAAUAUUUGGCACUUUAUUCUGUUCAUUUCAUAAUCUGCGUUUAAAUGAACUCUAAUUUAAGAGAGAGUGCUUUAUAGGAUAUUAAUUAAUAUUUAAUACUGUGGUUAAUAGUAAUCACAGUAGCAGAUUAUGCUGUCCUUCAAUCUCUUUGCAGGGUGAUCAGGCAAAUACGUGGCAAUACCAUCUCUGUUUUACUUUAACAGUUGAAAACACUUUAUAAACCCGCAAAAUAGGUACUGGUCAAUGUCAUGAACAGGCCUGGAAGGCUUUUGACAAGUGUGAAGAUACCGUCCUUGUUCUCUACGCUUCACGACCUGGCUAUAUGACUUUUAUGCAUUUCACUGGGAAGCAGGAAAAAUAUUUCUUAAUGCUGUAGGGCCUUGUGCCUUACACCUAUGAAAACAUGUCUUGAUGUUUAACUUAUACAUAAUAAACCAAAAGAUUUUGUUUGUC